AGUAAGUUACAGCAGCUGGAAAACAAAACAUAACAAAACAAAAAACCCAGGAUGAACUCACUAGAGAUCGAAAGAAGCAGAUGUGUGGGCUGGACACAAAUAUUUAUUUAUGUAUCACAUCCACUCGCUGCUUGGAGUGAAUGUGCAGUGGGUGUGAAAAGUCAGAGCUGCUGCUCCCUGGUAACAAGAAGCUUUUAAAGAUGCAGAACACCUGUGUCACAGGGCCACUCAACCGACAGAAGCUCUAAGCAGUCAACUGUGCUAGGAUUCAUAGUGGCCAGCUAGUAUUUACUCACCUCUGAAUGGCAAAUCUAAUUAACUAUAAAGUUACUGGUCCCUAAUUUGAAAACAAAGACAAAGCAAUUUAUUCAUUUUUCUUAGUAGAAACACCGUAUUUGAAAAGAAGGAGUCCAGAAGGGUAAGAAGCUACAUAGAACAACAUCCUUUAAUAGUAAGAUUGAAGCUCAUCACGAUAUUGGCCACAAGUCCAGAUGAAAUCAUAUCACUUAGUAUCCAUUUUUGAUACCCUUAGCAAUAUGUGCUAGAUUAACUCUCUUUCACCAGAGCACAGUUACACCCCCUUUCAAAACUACACUCAUAAUAAAAAAAAAUUUACAUGUAUUGGUAACAGAAAUUGAAACUAGACUAUACUGGGUGGUGGUGGAGCACACCUUUGAUCUCAGCAGUCAGGAAGCAGAGGCAAGAAGAUCUCUGUGAGUUCAAUGCCAGCCUGGUCUACAAAGAGAGUUCCAGGACAGCCACGGCUAAACAGAGAAACCCUGUCUUGAAAGACCAAACCAAUCAAUCAACCAAACCCCUAAAUCUGCUAGAAAUUCCCUAGAAUCAUAAGCCAAAAUUCCUUGAUGUGUUCACUAUUUCACAUCAAUGAACUCAGUAGGAGAAGUAAUGAUGAAAUCAGCAGAGUGUGGAGAUGUAGCUUAGUGGUAGAGCACAUGCAAAUAAAUAUCUGGACUAAAGUUGUAGCAAAGAGAGACAGAGACACACAAACUGAGGAGAGAAACAUAUAGAAACUGUAAAGGCAACUGGGUGGUGGUAGCACAUGCCUUUCACAGCACUUUGGAGUCAGAGAUAAAUCUCUGAGUUUGAGGCCAGCCUGAUCUACAUAGUGAGUUCCAGGAUAGCCAGAGUUACACAGAGAAACCCUGUGUGGAAAAACAAAAAACAGGGUUGGAGAGGUGGCUCAGAGGUUAAGAAGAGCACUGGCUGCUCUCCCAGGUCUUGAGUUCAAUUCCCAGCACCUAUAUGGUGGCUCAUAAUCAUUAUAUAAUGAGAUAUGGUGCCCUCUUCUGGCCUGCAUAGAUAAAUGCAGACAGAACACUGUAUACAUAAUAAAAUAAAUAAAAAAAGAAAAACAAACAAAAAGGAAACUGCAAGAGCAAGAAGUGCUCUUAACUACCGAGCCAUCUCUACCACCAUUUAUUUAUCUAUACAGACUAAUAUGCGAAUAUAAGUAUGUGUCUGAAUAUCUGUUGUGUUGGCUAAUUUUGUGUCAACUUGAAACAAGCUAGAGUCAUUUGGUAAGAAGGAACCUCAACUAAGAAGGGGCAUCUUGAUUGGUGAGUGAUGUGAGAGGGUCCAGCUCACUCAGGAUGGUGCCACCCCUGGGCUGGAGGUCUAAAAAGGCAGUCUGAGUAGGGUGGCGGCGGCAAACACCUUUAAUUCCAGCACUUGGGAGGCAGAGUGGGUUCCAGGACAGCCAGAGCAACACAGAGGAAACCCUGUUUCAGAAACAAACAACCAAAAAACCAAACCAAAACAAGUAGGUUGAACAAGCCAUGGGGAGCAAGCAGCACUCCUCCUUGGUCUCUGCCUCAGAAGCUGGCUCUAGGUUCCUGCCCUGAUUUCCCUGGAUGAUGGAUUUCACACUGUAAAGAUGAAACACACCCUUUCCUCCCCAACUGCUUUUGGCUAUGGUGUUUACCACAGCAAAUGAAACUGUCAACUUUAAAAAUACUCUAGCAGCAAGAAAAAAGCCCAAUACCUAAAUGGUAAUUUGUAAUUCCAUUGUUUAAUAAAAGGAACUAGGGCUUCUUGGAGAAAUGGCCAAUCCUAAGGCUGGGCCGAGAAAUAGAGUCAUCAUCAUGUAGAACCAAAAAGAUGAGGCAUGUUAAGGGGCAGAGGCGCCAACUUAAAAGAUCUACAGAUGGCCACGGCUGGCACAAUCUCAGCAAUAAAUGACACAUAAUUAGAUAUGAGAAGCAUGGAAUAAAUUUAAAUGAGCCAGUGCAAUGUACAACUGAAAAAAAAUAAAUGGGAAAAAAGAAGAAGAAAGAAAUGGAGACAGAUCUUUCUCACAGAAUUCCACUUGAUCUAUGUAGACGAUGGAUCCAUCCACCACUCUAACAGAAAACCCUCCUGCUCUGGUUACUGGCUUCUAAAGAAUGGGUAUAGACACAAAAGAAGACAUAAGGCUGUCAUCACCAUUAAAUCAUUGUAAAAAUAACGUUCUUUUUUUUGGAGUGGGGGUGAAUGUAGGAGGUGGACUUGCUGAGAAGUCUAGGAGAGGGAGGGGGAAUGGUGUGUAUAUGAAAAGGACUAAAAUUCAUUAUAUAAAUGUAUGGAGCUGUCCAAAACAACUGGUUAGCAGUGGGAGAUCUUAUUAGAUCAGGAGAUGGGUAUGGCCUAGGCAGUUGUGUUUCAUGUCUUUAAUUCCAGCACUUGGGAAGCAGAGGCAGGAGGAUGGAUCUGAGUUUGAGGUCAGCCUGGUCUACAGAGCCAGUUCCAGGAUAGCUAACUUACACAGGGAAACCCUGUCUUGAAAAACCAAAAAAGAGAUGGGUCUGAGUAUCUUGAGCCUCCUGAUAUGUGAUCAGGGCAAUUCAUUUCUGCUGUUCUUCUCAAAAUCCCUAUGUCCAGACUAAUCAGCAGAGAAACUCAAGAUGACCAGUUUGGGCAACAUUCUUCAGGAUAUCUAGACAGAUACCUCAAAGUUGCUGAAUCUUGAAAGAUCAGACCUAAGAAAGGGGAGCCUGGAGACCAACAACUAAUCAGUAAGGUAAUACCCUGGACUGGGACCUAGAAGUGAAAGAUUAAUGGAAAAACUGGUGAAACCCAAAUAAGAUCCCCAGCUUAGUGAAGGGGAGAGAAACCAGAUGCUGACCUUCCUGGGGAGAUCCGAUGAUAAAGCUACAUAGCCUGGGGAACGGGAGAUUAGUCACAUUUAAUACAGCAGCCUAUGCUGUAGAGCGAAAUCCACCUGAUAUUCCGGCCCCAUCAGAGCUCCUGUCAGUAUGUCUGGAGAGCAAAUUACCUUUCAACUACUCACAAUAGUAGAAAGAGGUAUGUGUUGUAUGACAAAAGAUAACGUUGGUAAUGGGUUUUAUUUUUGAUUUUAUCAACAAAGCCAGUUUUAAAUUCCUGAAUACAAGCUAUCUAAAUGAUGCAAAAAUCAUACUGUUAGGAAAAGAAAUUCUCUAUGAAAUAUUAAAAAUCGCACCUCAAACCACCAAAGUCCAAGCGUCAAGCCUUCUAGGUGUAUUGAUGUAAAAAUCCUAACGGUUUGCAACAGAUAGCGUGACGAUCUUAGUAAAAGGAAAGCUAAAACAAGAAAUGCUUUGGGAAUGUGGAAGACGGCUUACCAGCCCAUUAGUUAGUGUUCUGUAGGAGGCAGGCCUGUAUUUAGAGUCUGGCACUCUGCGGUCCUCAAUAGCUCAAUAUUGUUUGGCUGCUUAUGAAGGGGAGGAGGGAACGAAUUACUAAGCGUCCAAACACAGCAAAAUAAGCUCAGAAGCAAGUUUUAAAAAUUCGCUUUCUAUUCAUAUUUUAUCUGAACAUUUAGAAUCUUAACUAUUUGAAAAUCUGAUCUUCAACCACGUGUAGUACACAUACAGAAAAGAAAAAAAAAAGUAAAUUUCACCUUCCGUUUCAGAAAUACAACGAAUAAUCUGCUGCUCAGAAGAGAACGGUACUGACAGAAUAUAUUACUCAGGCGUGUGACUAUUCAGUGUUCAUUUGCGAUACGGCGGUCUACCAGGCGUUCAAAACACAGCAAGCCCUCGGAAGCCAAGCCACCACGACAAAGACGACUGCCGACAUGCACCGCUACCUAUGCGGACUGGGGCAGGGACAUUGAUCCCUACGUUCCAACUUCCCUUCGCCGGACGCAGGCUUCUCUAGGAUCCGACCAAGACGUUACAGAGGCGGAAUGAAAACAGAGGAAUCUACACUGAAACAAGGUACGCAUGGAGGAAAGGUCUACAGAACAAGAGAGGUCAAGAAAAACGUAAAGGGAACUGAGCGCUGCUGCCCUUCAAUACGGAGAAAAAUGAUCACAGUAUGAGCUUCAGGUGGCAGAAGACACAUUUCUUAACCAGCUUUUAUUGAGAACUGAUUCCUGAACCAACUCAGCAUGGCCUGUAGAGGAGGUGGGCAUGGCCAGCCCCCCUCAGUGACCCCUUCCCAGUUUUCGACCCCUCGAAGUCUUUCCACCAACAGCACCCCAACACAUAAUAUAUGCAUGGUGUCUGACUUUUUCUACCCAAACAUGGGAGGUGUGGAAAGCCACAUCUACCAGCUCUCUCAGUGCCUCAUCGAGAGGGGGCACAAGGUCAUAAUCGUCACCCAUGCUUACGGAAAUCGAAAGGGCAUCCGUUACCUCACCAAUGGCCUCAAAGUUUAUUACUUGCCUCUCAGAGUCAUGUACAACCAAUCUACAGCCACGACUCUCUUUCACAGUCUGCCAUUGCUCAGGUACAUAUUUGUUCGGGAGAGAGUUACCAUAAUCCAUUCCCACAGUUCUUUUUCUGCCAUGGCCCAUGAUGCCCUCUUCCACGCCAAGACAAUGGGGCUUCAGACAGUCUUCACAGACCAUUCCCUUUUCGGAUUUGCUGAUGUCAGCUCGGUGCUCACAAACAAGCUUCUAACUGUGUCGCUUUGUGACACAAACCACGUCAUUUGUGUCUCUUAUACAAGUAAGGAAAACACUGUCCUACGAGCAGCACUGAAUCCUGAAAGAGUGUCUGUCAUUCCUAAUGCUGUGGAUCCUACUGACUUCACCCCAGGGCCACUUGGGAGGCAGGACAGCAGGAUAACUAUUGUUGUGGUGAGCAGACUUGUUUACAGAAAAGGGAUCGACCUGCUCAGUGGGAUUAUACCUGAACUCUGUCAGAAAUAUCCCGAGUUAAAUUUCCUAAUUGGAGGAGAGGGGCCAAAGAGUAUAGUUUUGGAAGAAGUACGGGAAAGAUACCAACUACAUGACAGGGUGCAUCUUUUGGGAGCUUUAGAACACAAGGAUGUCAGAAAUGUCUUAAUUCAAGGCCAUAUUUUUCUUAAUACCUCCCUGACCGAAGCCUUCUGCAUGGCAAUCCUGGAAGCCGCCAGCUGUGGUCUACAGGUCGUCAGCACCAAGGUUGGUGGGAUUCCCGAAGUCCUUCCAGAGAAUCUUAUUAUUUUAUGCGAACCUUCAGUAAGAUCUUUGUGUAAAGGGCUGGAAAAAGCUAUUUUCCAAGUGAAGUCAGGGAUGUUGCCGGAUGCAGAAAAUAUCCACAAUGCAGUAAAGGCUCUCUACACCUGGCGGAAUGUGGCGGAGAGAACCGAGAAGGUGUACGAGAGGGCGGGGAAGGAAGCUGUGCUGCCAAUGCAUAAGAGGCUGAACAGGCUCGUCUCUCACUGCGGCCCACUUACAGGCCACAGCUUUGCUUUGCUGGCUGUGUUCAGCUAUCUUUUCCUCAUGUUCCUGAGAUGGAUGACUCCCGAUUCGGUCAUUGAUGUGGCAAUAGAUGCCACUGGGCCAAGGGGAGCGUGGGCUCAUGAGUGUCCUCAUGAUACAAAAGAAGACGAGACUGACAAGGUAUACAAAGGCAGGUGGAAGCGAGUCUGAACUGUAAACUUUGGCAGUUCUAUUAACACAGUUGAAAAUAACCUUGUUCUUUUGUUUUUGGGCUUUGAUGUUGACUUGACAAAUCAUGCUAUCUCUAUAGCAUUUACUGUUUCAUUUGAGGAAAGCGAAACACUCACACGAUUCCUGAUCUUAGAAACUCCUUGUACUUCUUUAACUUUAGGGAGACUGGUUUGGCCAGUCAGGUAUGAAAGUUUUAGAUUACUGAAAUCCCUUCAGUGGAGAUGUUUUAACAUGACAUGUUGGGAGCCUUGGGUGCUGGGUUAAUUCUGGCCAGUUUUUAACAUUACGCCAUCAAUUCAACAUCUACCAGACACAUACAUACAAGCUUUCUUUAGGAAGAUAUAAAUAUGUGAACUAUUUUAAGUCAAGCUGUUGUUUCUUUAUUGGGUCCUGAUAUCAUACUCCUGCACAUGGGUCCACUUUUUUUUUUUUUUUUUUACUAUGUAUACAAUGAUAGAAGAGGCCAUGAGAUCUCAUUAUAGAUGGUUGUGAGCCACCACGUGGUUGCUGGGAACUGAACUCAGGACCUCUGGAAGAGCAGCCAAUGCUCUUAACCUGAGCCAUUUCUCCAAUCCAGCCAACACGUUUUAAGCACCUGCUCUGUAUGAAAUGAGGGACUAGGCAGUACCUGCCACUGAGGACUAGUUAAUGUGGAGUGGCAACAGUUACCAUGCCCCGAAUGCUCUGCUACUUAAUGUGAGGACAGUGCCACCAUCACAAACCUACUCAGUGCCUCUCUAACCCUGCUGCAUGCAUUCUCCUAAUUCUCCCAGGUGGACACUUCAUAUCAUGUGUGGAUGAAGAGAAUCUGCUUUUAAGUCCCAAGGACCAGUACCACUGCUGUGUAGGCUUAAAAAAUUACUUAUUGUUGUGUGUAUAAGAUAUGUAUGUAGGUUAAAACAAUGUUUCUAUAUACAGACCCUGAUUAUAACUGUCAGUGUAUGUGGAAACACAUCGUUCCACCCAGGUACUUACAAUUAUUUAAAGUGAAGGAAACAUUAGUGAACACUGAGGAAUUUUCUAAUAAGAUUGCAUUUUUUUUUUUUCCGAGACAAGGUUUCUCUGGGUAACAGUUCUGGCUAUCCUGGAACUCACUUUGUAGACCAGGCUGGCCUCAAACUCAUAGAGAUCCACCUGUCUCUACCUACCAAGUGCUGGGAUUAAAGGCAUGCACCACCAUCACCCGGCUGUAUUGUUUUUUUUUUUUUUUUUUAAAAACUGCAAUGCUUUUGAUGUUAUAGUUAUACACAUAAACUAAGGCUGUUAAAAUAUCUUCAUGACCAAAAAUAAAGAUGAGAAUGACAUUUUAAACAAACAAACAAAAAUGUAAUUGUUUAAGUUUUUAUUACAUUUCUUUAGCAGGUGUAUCUUGGUUGCAUGCUUGCUACAGAGCACAUGCAUGGUCAGAGGACACCUUGCUGUAGUCUUCUUUUUUUCCACCAUGAGGGUUCCAGGGACCGAACUCAGGACAUCAGGCUUGGAAACAGGUGCCUCUAGUCACUGAGCCAUCUCGACAGCCCCUAACUGUAGUUUCAAUGGGCAUUUUCCUAUAGAUUACUAAGACUGGAAUUUUUAUCAUUUGGUAUUUAAAUUACUGUCACAUCUUGUCUUCUAGUUUUUUCCUACCUUUUUUUUCUUAUCAACUGACAUCCUUUAAUGUUUUAUGUUUUAUAGGUGGACAACUUUCUUUUUUUUUUAAAGAUAGGGUUUCUCUGCAUAGCCCUGGCUGUCCUGGAACUUGCUCUGUAAACCAGGCUGCCUUCAAAGUCAGAGAUCUGCCUGCCUCCACCUCCUGAGUGCUGGGAUUAAAGGUGUAUGCCUCCAGUACCCAGCUGACUUCUUUUCUUUCUUGACAAAGUGCUAUUCUGAAAAUCUGGACCAAACUCUGAGAAGUAAGAGAUGUUUCCCUGUAUAAGUUUGGCAGAUUUGAAGAUCAGCAUAGGAGGCCAAAGGUUCUGGCAGAAUACUAACUGCUGGUGACAAACAGGUUGGACCAGGUGGCACAAGGAACCCAGUGUAAACAAACUGAGGUGAGGAGGUCCCAAGCCAGUAAGAACGGCAUGUUCUUGCCUUAUUCCUACAGCUUGCCACUCACAGUGCUCUCGGCUCCAGUCUGUUCCCAGCCAGCGAAGCCUUGUGCUUACUUCUCUAGGCUCAUCCACCAGCUCUUCUGCCCUUGCCUGCUGCUUCUCCCUCCUGUCUAUUUGAUCCUAAUCGCAAAGCAAGGCCAAACUCAGCAGUGGACCCGAACUAUACACUUUUUAAAUAAGUGAAGGGAAAAUGUAAACUAUUUCUCCCUUUUAUCAAAGGAAAAAACAAAACCCACUAUUUUUGGGGAAGGGAGGGUCAUUUUUAGUUUGAGUCAAUGUGACUCUCCCAGUAGACAAUGUGUUUCAGAAAUAUAUUCUAAUUGCUCUGGUCUGUCUCCAGAUAGAAAGAAGCUGUACUGGAUCUUAAAUUCAGUUCCAAAUGAGGAAAGCCAUUUUUCUGGCUAUUGAGAGAUUAUUCUGAGUUUUGUUUUUCUUUUUUCAUAUUAAAACUAAGGAUUAGAUUCUUAGCAGUCUGUCCUAACAACAGUGAGUUACAAGGGGGGCCACUCAGCAGAACCAAAGAUACACUUCACCCAAGAGUUCUUAUGAAGUGCUGGGUUAAGAACAAUCCUUUUUUUUUUGUUGUUGUUAAAAUAUCAGAAACCAUUUAUGAUUCUCUUAUAUAUGAUUUCUACAACUGCAUGCAGCUGGCUCACCAUACCGCCUUGGUUUCCUAUGUUAAAAAGCUACUACUAGACAAUUCCUUUCUCCUUUAAUGAAACAAUUUGACAGUUUGGGAUCACAGCUGCCAUCUGCCCCUGUGGAACCACCUGUCAGUCAAGCUCUUUUUACGUGAGUGAGUGGACAGCACGGGGAAGUCCCUUGAACAAAACAAGCCAUGAAAACCAACAACAAACUAAGACAGACAGACAGACAGAAAAUAAAGCAAAACAACUUCCGCCCCAAACUUAAGUUCUAAUUGCGGUUAAUUUUCUAAAGAAUCCUUCCUCUGGAAGACCCGGUUCUAGGUCAUGGCAUCUGCUGC